AGGGACUGGGAGGGAACUGGGAUGGACUGGGAGGGACUGGGAGGAAAGUGGGAUGGACUGGGAGGGACGGGGAGGAAACUGGGAUGGACUGGGAGGGGUCUAAGGGUCACUGGGAGGGACUGGGAGGAAACUGGGAUGGACUGGGAGGGGUCUAAGGGUCACUGGGACAGACUGGGAGGGGGUUAGGGGUUACUGGGAGGGACUGGGAGGAACUGGGAUGGACUGGGAGGGAACUGGGAUGGACUGGGAGGGGUCUAAGUGUCACUGGGAGGAACUGGGAGAGAAUUGGGAUGAACUGGGAUAAACUGGGAUGAACUGGGAUAAACUGGGAUGAACUGGGAUAAACUGGGAUGAACCUCACUGUAACCCCGUCCAUUUAAACCAUUAAAACAUCCCAAAAAAAAACUUUUUUUUUUUUUUUUUUUUUUUAAUCCUUAUUUUUUUUCACCAUCGGCACCGGAUUUUGGGGGGAAUUUUUAAAGGAUUUAGGGGCUCGUCCAAUCGUCUCAGUUAAUAAAUUUAAUUACUUUAAAUUCUCCGGGUUGAAAUACUCAGACUUUGCCCCAAAUCCCCUCAAAUUUCGCUGCAAAUUUUUCAGAUUUCUGACACAAAUCGCCUCAAACUGCACCAAAACCGACAAUUUUUUUACCUCAAAUUCCCUCACGACGUCACCAAAAAAAAAAAAAAAAAAAAAAAAAAAAAAACCACGUUAUUUUCAACACAAAUCUCCUCACAAAAUCCCCAAAAAUGUGAAGUUUUGCCUAAAAACACCCAAAACCUGCAACUUUCACCUCAAAUCCCCUCGGUUUAUUUUAAAUUUAACUUUUUUUUUUUUUUGGAACCUCAGGUUCUUCUCGGAGUCCCCAAACUCUGCAAGUUUCACCUCGAAUCUCAAAAAUCCCCCCAAAAUUAAUUUUUUACCCUAAACCCCCUCAAAAAUGUUAUUUUUACUCCUCAAACCCCUCCUAAAAAAAAUUUAAUUUUUACCUCAGAUCUCCUCAGGCCUUUCCUCGAACAGCUCCAAACUUGGGAGAUUUCACCCCAAAACCCCCUCAACUCCCUUUCUAUUUUUCUCCGCAAAACCGCGGGUUUUUUCCCCCAAAUCCUUUCCCGCCGAUUCAUUACUUAAAGAAUUUUAAUUCCCGCCUUCAAAUUUAGCCGAAAUCUCCUUUUUUUCCCCUCAUUUUAAGGCUUUAAUUCCCAUUUAAUUCCAGAACCCCGAGUCAUGCCCUCAACCAAAAUGGCGCCGCCACCUUCGCGCCUUUAUUUUUGUUCCCACGCUGCGCAUGCGCCGCCGCCAUUUUCUGCUCUUCCCUGCCCUCAACCAAAAUGGCGCCAGCCCCUUCGCGUCUUCCCUCUCUCCCUCUACGCAUGCGCAGCCGCCAUCUCGCGCUUCUGGUUGCAUUCACCCAUAACAAAGAUGGCGCCCGCGUUGCGUCACCGCCGCCAUUUUGUGGGCGCCACCUCCCUCAGGAGCCCAAAUCCAAGAUGGCGCUCGCCAGCGUUCUCCGCUCGGAGCUGCCGGAUUUUUCCAAAAGUUUUUCGGGAAUUUCCAAAAAUUUUCCCGAAGAUUCUGAGGCGAUUCCUGAAAUUUUGCGGGAUCCUCCUGGUCCUCCGCGGGUUUUGGCGGCUCCGCCUUGGGGCGUUCAGGUCGUGCAGGGUGGGCCCGGUUUUGAGAUGCUUCACGGCACCACCACCUUGGCCUUUAAGUCUCCGGCCGGCGUCACGGUGGCCGUUGACUCGCGGGCCACUGCGGGUUCGUACGUGGCCUCUCAGUCGGUUCUCAAAGUUUUACCGAUCGACUCUCGAAUCUUGGGCACCAUGGCCGGCGGCGCCGCCGACUGCUCCUUUUGGCAACGCCUCGUCGCCCGUCAGUGCCGCGUGCAGGAGCUGAGGAACAAAGAGCCCGUCUCGGUAGCCGCAGCCUCCAAGUUGCUAGCCAACCUGGUGUACCAGUACAAAGGGAUGGGGUUGAGCUUGGGAACCAUGGUGUGCGGAUGGGACAAACGAGGGCCAGGUCUUUACUACGUUGACAACGAGGGCCAACGCGUUUCCGGCAGCUCGUUCGCCGUCGGUUCGGGUUCGUCGUACGCUUACGGCGUUCUGGACCGCGGGCUGGCGGCGUUGGCGUCGGAGUCGGGCGCCGGCGAGGAGCGGGCGUGCGCCCUGGCGCGCCGGGCCAUCUACCAAGCGUCGCGGCGCGACGCGUACUCGGGGGGGACGGUGCGGGUGUUCCACGUGGGACCCCGCGGGUGGAGGGAAGUGUCCCGGGAUAACGUGGCAGAGCUGCAGGAAAGGUACGAGGAGGAUUCGGGGUGAGCGGAGACGGGGGGGGGGGAAAGGGGGAAAAAGGAAGGAAGGAAAGGAGAGAAAGGAAAGAAAAGGGGAGAAAAAGAAAAUAAAGAAAUGAAAGAAAUGAAAGAAGAAAAAAAGAAAAUAAAGAAAGAAAUGAAAGAAGAAAAAAAGAAAAUAAAGAAAAGAAAUGAAAGAAAUGAAAGAAAUGAAAGAAAAGAAAGGAAAGAAAGGAAAGAAAAGGAAGAAAAGAAAAGAAAGAAAAGAAAGAAAAGAAAGAAAUGAAAGAAAUGAAAGAAAAGAAAGAAAAGAAAGAAAAGAAAUGAAAGAAAUGAAAGAAAAGAAAGGAAAGAAAAGGAAGAAAAGAAAAGAAAGAAAAGAAAGGAAAGAAAUGAAAGAAAUGAAAGAAAAGAAAGAAAUGAAAGAAAAGAAAAGAAAGAAA